UAUGGCUAAGAAGGAAACUAAGAGAGCUGUGGGUGAAGCUCGUUUUAAAGCUUUUGAAGAAUUUUAUAAGAACCUUGAGACGAAGGAAGGAGAGCAAAAUAUUUAUAAGAUUGCCAAGAGUAGGGAAAGAAAAUCAAGAGAUAUAGAACAGGUAAGGUGUAUUAAGGAUGAAGAGGGAAGAAUUUUAGUUACAGAUGAUGAAAUUAAAAAUAGAUGGAAGACUUACUUUUCUAAACUUUUCAAUGAUGGAGAGGAUUCAUCUAGUAACUUGGAGGAUUUAGUAACUGGUGAAGGAGAACAAAAUUUGUCAUUCUAUCGAAUAAUACGUGAUAAGGAGGUAAAGGAAGCUCUUAAGAAAAUGGUAAAUGGUAGAGCUAACGGACCUGAUUGUAUAUCUAUCGAAGCAUGGAAAUGUUUAGGUGAAGAAGGGGUGAGAUGGUUAACAAAGUUAUUUAAUGUGAUUUUACGGUUCAAGAAAAUGCCUGAUGAGUGAAGGAGAAGUACAUUAAUUCCUAUUUAUAAAAAUAAAGGAGAUAUUCAGAAUUGUACUAACUAUAGAGGGAUUAAACUCAUGAGCCACACAAUGAAAUUGUGGGAGAAAGUAAUUGAGCACAGGUUGAGAUUGGAGACAAGUAUUUCUGAGAAUCAAUUUGGUUUUAUGCCAGGUAGAUCAACUACAGAGGCGAUUUAUCUAUUAAGGGGAUUAAUGAAAAAGUAUCGUUGUAAAGAUAAAGAUCUACACAUGGUUUUUAUUGAUUUGGAAAAAGCUUAUGACCGUAUACCAAGAGAAGUGCUUUGGAAAGCGUUGGAAAAAAAGGGAGUACGGAUUGCUUAUAUUAAAGCCAUACAAGAUAUGUAUGAGGGGGUAAAAACUAGUAUAAGAAUGCCUAGUGGUCAAACAAAGGAUUUUCCUAUAAAGAUUGGACUACAUCAGGGAUCAUCUCUGAGUCCUCAUUUGUUCAACUUGAUUUUAAA